CCAGUGACGUGCUCGAUGAGAGUGGUGCAGGACUACACUUCCCAAUAUGCUCCGAGGUGGGCAGGACCCGGAAGUGAGGGUGUGCGAGGCCUCUCUGGAAGUUGUCCCGGGUGUUCGCCGCUGGAGCUCCGGGUCCAGAGGACGAGGAGCCGCUGCCGGGACGAUCGUCCGCUGCCGCCGGCUCCCGGAGCCCAGCCCUUUCCUAACCCAACCCAACCCUGCCCAGUCCCAGCCGCGGACCCCGACGUUACCAUGAAUCCUGCCGUCUUCCUAUCAUUACCCGACCUUAGAUGCUCCCUGCUGCUCCUGGUAACUUGGGUUUUUACUCCUGUAACAACUGAAAUAACAAGUCUUGAUACAGAAAAUAUAGAUGACAUUUUAAACAAUGCUGAUGUUGCUUUAGUAAAUUUUUAUGCUGACUGGUGUCGUUUCAGCCAAAUGUUGCAUCCAAUUUUUGAGGAAGCUUCUAAUGUCAUUAAGGAAGAAUAUCCAAAUGAAAAUCAAGUAGUGUUUGCCAGAGUUGAUUGUGAUCAGCACUCUGAUAUAGCCCAGAGAUACAGGAUAAGCAAAUACCCAACCCUCAAAUUAUUUCGUAAUGGGAUGAUGAUGAAGAGAGAAUACAGGGGUCAGCGAUCAGUGAAAGCACUUGCAGAUUACAUCAGGCAACAAAAAAGCGACCCCGUUCAAGAACUUCAUGACUUAGCAGAAAUCACCACUCUUGAUCGCAGCAAAAGAAAUAUCAUUGGAUAUUUUGAGCAAAAGGAUUCAGAAAACUAUAGAGUUUUUGAAAGAGUAGCAAAUAUUUUGCACGACGAUUGUGCCUUUCUUUCUGCAUUUGGAGCUGUUUCAAAACCAGAAAGAUAUAGUGGAGACAACAUAAUCUACAAACCACCAGGGCAUUCUGCUCCAGAUAUGGUCUACUUGGGAUCUAUGACAAAUUUCGAUGGGACUUACAAUUGGAUUCAAGAUAAAUGCGUUCCUCUUGUUCGAGAAAUAACGUUUGAAAAUGGAGAGGAAUUGACAGAAGAAGGACUGCCUUUUCUCAUACUCUUCCACAUGAAAGAAGAUACGGAAAGUUUAGAAAUAUUCCAGAAUGAAGUAGCCCGACAAUUAAUAAGUGAAAAAGGUACCAUAAACUUUUUACAUGCUGACUGUGACAAAUUUAGACAUCCUCUUCUGCACAUACAGAAAACUCCAGCUGAUUGCCCUGUCAUAGCUAUUGACAGCUUUAGGCAUAUGUAUGUGUUUGGAGACUUCAGGGAUGUAUUAAUUCCUGGAAAACUCAAGCAGUUUGUAUUUGACUUACAUUCUGGAAAAUUGCACAGAGAAUUCCAUCAUGGUCCGGAUCCAACCGAUAUUGCCCCAGGACAGCAAGUCCAAGAUGUAGCAAGCAGUCCACCUGAGAGCUCCUUCCAGAAAUUAGCACCCAGCGAAUAUAGGUAUACUUUAUUGAGGGAUCGAGAUGAGCUUUAAAAACUUGAAAAACGAUUUGCAAGCCUUUCAAACAGCAGCAUCAACUUACGUGGUGGAAAUAGUAAACCUAUAUUUUCAUAAUUCUAUGUGUAUUUUUAUUUUGAAUAAACUGAAAGAAGUUUUGGGUUUUUAAUUUUUUUUUUCUCCCCCUGACUCAAAAUGCAUUGUCAUUUAAUAUAGCCUCUUUUUAAAAAUCUGUUAGGGAUAAAAAAAAUAAUAAAAAUAAAAACCAGAGGCCUAUCUUUGCUUUAAAUCUGUCCUGUAAAAUUUUUAUAAAUCAAGUGAAAGGUGACAUCGCCAGAAACAUACCGUGAACUCGCACUGCUAGGUUAGGGAGGACUUAGGGAUGUUUCCUGUGUGGUAUGUGCUUUUCUUUACAUAUGAUCAGUUCUGUUGGUAUUUCAUUAUCACAUUUCUCAAAGCUAAGAGGGUCUAUAUUCUGGAUACGGGGAGGGGAAUAAAUGAAAAUUUUCA